GAUCUGUUUUUUGCUUUCCAGAUGCAGCUGUAAUCCUCGGCUGUGUGUUUCGUUGAAAGGACCUAAUGUUUUACAUUAUUGGAGGGAUCACAGUGGUAUCUGUGGUGGCUUUCUUUUUCACCAUUAAGUUCCUCUUUGAGCUUGCCGCACGUGUAGUCAGCUUCCUCCAGCAUGAGGACCGGGAACGCCGAGGAGAACGGACAAUUUAUGACUACGUGCGAGGCAAUUACUUGGACCCCCGCUCUUGUAAAGUCUUCUGGGACUGGAAGGAUCCCUGUGAGGUGGGCCAUAGUAUGGCCUUCCGAGUGCAUUUAUUUUAUAAGAAUGGCCAGCCUUUCCCUGCUCAUCAUCCUGUUGGACUGCGAGUUCACAUCUGCCAUGUGGAGUUAGCAAUAGAUAUUCCUGUCACCCAGGAAGUGCUUCAAGAACCCAGUUCCAAUGUGGUGAAGGUGGCAUUCACUGUGCGCAGAGCUGGGCGCUAUGAGAUAAGCAUAAAACUUGGAGGCUUGAAUGUUGCGUAUAGUCCUUACUACAAAGUCUUUCAACCAGGGAUGGUGGUUCCCUCAAAAACCAAAAUUGCCUGCCAUUUCUCCACUCUGGUGCUGACGUUUGGGCAGCCACACACUUUGCAAAUAGUUCCCAGAGAUGAAUAUGAUAACCCUACUAGCAACUCAGUAUCACUGAUAGAUGAGCACAAUUACAGCCUCUCAGUCCAUGAACUUGGCCCCCAGGAAGAAGAGCCUUCUGAUGUUUUGUUUGAAAAGUCUGUGAUGUCCAAUCAACAGACUUGUCAAGUUUUCCUGAGACUCACCCUACUGCGUAGGGGGUGUUUCCGUGCCUGCAUCUCUUACCAAAACCAGCCUAUUAGCAAUGGAGAGUUUGACAUAAUUGUUCUAAGUGAGGAUGAAAAGAAUACUGUAGAGCGCAAUGUUUCUACCUCAGGAGUCAGUAUCUACUUUGAAGCCUACCUGUAUAAUGCUAGUAGCUAUACCAACACCCAGUGGCAUCUUCCACCCCUGCAUUUGGGCUCCUUUCAGCGACGACCUUCCACUGCUACUGAGGAUGAGGAUGAAGACUCUCCUUCUGACAGCCCGACCCCUGAGAAAGUGAAGAAACCCAAAAAGGUUUACUGCUAUGUUUCACCUAAGCAAUUCUCAGUGAAGGAAUUCUACUUGAAGAUUAUUCCUUGGCGUCUCUUUACUUUCCGAGUAUGUCCUGGCACCAAAUUUUCUUAUCAUGGGCCUGAUCCUGUACACAAGUUGCUGACAUUGGUGGUGGAUGAUGGGAUCCAGCCUCCUGUGGAGUUGAGUUGCAAAGAGAGGAACAUCUUGGCAGCCACUUUUAUUCGUUCUCUGCAUAAAAAUAUAGGAGGCUCAGAGACUUUUCAGGACAAAGUCAACUUCUUCCAGAGGGAAUUGCGUCAGGUGCACAUGAAGAAACCUCAUUCCAAAAUUUCUUUGAAAGUCACCCGCCAUAACCUUCUGGAUUCUUCUCUGAAAGCAACACGGAAUUUUUCUGUUUCCGACUGGAGCAAAAAUUUUGAAGUGACUUUUCAGGAUGAAGAAGCCUUGGAUUGGGGAGGUCCUCGUAGAGAGUGGUUUGAACUGAUCUGUAAAGUUUUGUUUGACACAACCAACCAACUUUUUACCCGCUUCAGUGACAAUAAUCAAGCACUGGUACACCCCAAUCCCAACCGACCUUCUUAUCUAAGACUGAAGAUAUAUGAAUUUGCAGGGCGCUUGGUUGGAAAGUGUCUCUUUGAGUCAUCUCUGGGAGGAGCUUAUAAACAGCUAGUGAGAGCUCGAUUCACAAGAUCUUUCUUGGCUCAGAUCAUAGGAUUAAGAAUGCACUACAAGUAUUUUGAGACAGAUGACCCAGAGUUCUAUAAAUCUAAAGUUUGCUUUAUUCUCAAUAAUGAUGUGAACGAAAUGGAAUUGGUUUUUGCUGAGGAAAAAUACAACAGACUUGGACAGCUUGAGAAGGUAGUUGAACUGUUAACUGGGGGUGCUCAAAUGCCAGUAACCAAUGAGAAUAAAAUAUUGUACCUGAAUCUGCUUGCGCAGUAUAGACUAGCCAAUCAAGUUAGAGAAGAGGUGGAACAUUUUUUGAAAGGUCUCAAUGAAUUGGUUCCUGAAAACCUCUUGGCUAUUUUUGAUGAAAAUGAACUUGAGUUGCUGAUGUGUGGCACAGGAGAUAUCAACGUCUGUGAUUUCAAAGCACAUGCUGUGGUAGUUGGUGGUUCAUGGCACUUCCGAGAAAAGGUGAUGCGCUGGUUUUGGACAGUAGUGUCUAGUUUCACACAAGAGGAACUGGCUAGACUGCUGCAAUUUACCACUGGCUCUUCUCAGCUGCCUCCUGGAGGAUUUGCUGCACUUUGUCCAUCUUUCCAAAUUAUUGCAGCUCCAACACAUAGUACACUUCCAACAGCCCAUACUUGUUUUAACCAGCUGUGCCUCCCCACUUAUGAUUCUUAUGAAGAGGUGCACAAGAUGCUGCAGCUGGCCAUUAGUGAGGGCUGCGAGGGCUUUGGCAUGCUCUGACACCUUCUGGAGGAACCCACUAUCUUCCUUAAUUCUUCAGGGCAAGGCUCAGUCUUACUUCACAGAUCCUUCUCUCGCCCAUCCAAAGGGCAGUGGAGAGCAGAGAAAGGCACCAUGCGAAUUGGAAUAUUUCAGAGUCUUAUGGUGAUCACUCCCUUCUCAGUGGGGUACAUGUUGUGAAUUGGGGUUCACCUGUGGAGUGAGAUUGGAGUUGUAUUUCAUGGGCAUGAUGUGUCUGGGAUUUCUGAUGGGAGGAAGCACGUAAGCCAGUGUUGCAGCUUGGUACGGGAGAAGACUAGGACAGAUUACAUAACGUUGCUUUGGGGGGGUGACUGGUUGAGUUUGGGAGCUCUGAAUCCCCAGAUUACAGAAGUCUUAAUACCUUUCCAUGCCUUGGCCUAAGUUUUCAUGUAAGCAAUCCCCCUUUACUUGGAUGUUACAGGAAGGCUUUUAGUUUUCUUAGCCACCUUGUACUGCACGCUGCCACUUGUUGUUCUUGUUGGUGACAAGAAUUCUAUCACUGGAGCACAAGUGCUGGUUCUUGACAGUGAUGUUGGUCCUCCACCCAGCAGGAGCUAGCAAAAAGGAUGAAAGAGUUUCCACUGAUUUUUGCCACUGAGUUGGAAGAAGAGUUCUCUCCUCUAGGCACUAUUUCUGAGAGUGGUCAUGGACUUCAAACAAGUUGUUUUUACUUACCACCUUCAGAUUCCACUUGUUUUUAAAGAAUCAAUGGAUAUAGCUAUAUAUCUAUAUGGAAAGAUACAGGUAACUGGCUGUCAUUCAUAUUCCACCACUGACUUCUGGGAGGAUUUGAAAGCAGUAGUGGUAGGGCACAAGGCAACUAGCGUUAUGGACCAGUGCAAUGUGGCCUUGAGUACUGGACCCAACCCUCUUUCUAUGUCUCUCAUUUCAUGGUGGUCUGCUGGUUUACUUCUACCACAAAGAAAGUAUGUGGCCUUCCAGAUGCUGCAGUCUCUCCUGUGGUCACUCACCAAUUGACUGUGGAGGUUAAGGUUCAUGAGAGUUUGAAUCCAAAAACCUCUGGGGAGCCACAUGUUAGCAAUCUCUGUUCAGCUAAUGGUAGCAAAAAUGUUAUUUCUGUAGCUUGGGUCAGGCAGAAAGUAGUUAAACAAGACAGUUAUUCCAGCACUUUUCUUUCCUGUGUUCUGCAUCAGAAGCAUCCCAUGGUAAUUUUAGGAGACAAUAUUGAAGCUGUUUAUUAUUGACACUGAGGAAGUGGGCUUGCAAGGCAACACAGUGCACUACUAUUUGGACUAGAAGGGGGCAGCAAGGUGAGUUGUAAUUGAAACAUACUCAUCAAUUACAUAAGACAACACCUUUAGCACUCCCAUUUCCUUGGCAAUAAUGACUGGGAAUUCAGGGAUUCCAGCUGGCAGCUUAACCAAUUUUUGUCAACAAAGCCAAAAUCUGACUGGAUAAUAAAGCUGAGUAUUUUGUUGGCACCUACAGUGCAUUUAUCCUGGUCAGAGGAGAGAGAUAUCCAUGGCUAAAGAUUAUAGUGUCAUUACCUGCUAGAAGAAGUCAUUCUGCUACACACUGGGGCUUUAAUUUUCUGGAGAAGAAUGGGCAUAUCUUAUGAUAUUAUUUAAUAUUGUGGUUUACUUCUCCAUCAUCAGCUGAAUCAUUUGCAAAUCUGCCUCAUUGAAUACUGUUAACUUUUUCUUCGUUUGAAUGUGUACCACAUUUUAAAGAAGUUCAAGCCAUUGUUUUGCCAAAACCAUUAGAAUAACUGAGUAUUGAAACAAUUCAGGGAUCCCUUCCUUUGGGGGGCAUUUUUAGAGACCAACACUGUAUUUUUCUCCAUUGGCAGGCAUUUUUUUCUCCUUUAAGCAAUUGCUUUUUUAAAAAGCACGUAGGUACCAUCUUGAUUGUAUUAAGGAUAAAUUCUGUGGUCAGUGCAAUUAAGGCUUGUGAAUGCCUUGAAACCUUGCCCACUGCUCAUCCGGGGGACCAAACAAAGACUAUGCUGUGUAGCUCAGCCAAGUGAUGGGUUUAGAGGGUGGGGUGUUUCUUGAUGCUGUUCCAGUCUUUUCUUUUGCUCCGUGACCUCCCAAGGCAUUCCCAGGCAUGGCUAGAGGCUGGCCCUGCUACAUCUUCCUCAGGAAUCCCUUUGUUUCUUCUCUAGAGCUCAGUUUUUUUUUCUUUUCCUUUUUUUUACUGAGGACCAAGUGUCUGGAUAUUCAGCAGAUAUCCUCUGUUUGAAACUACUCUAUUAAUAAAUGCAUUUGGCACUUCUUGCCUCUUUGCAGAAGCCAAGAAUUUUCUUUACAUAAGCACAGUCAAAACAGUGGUGGACACCACUAAUUUUUAGCUAAUAAUAUACAUAAUAAUAUGUGCUUGUCUGCAUUCCCUUAAUUAAUAGGGUCACAUUUUUCACUGUGCUUCAUAAUUUCAGUGCAGCAGAUCUCAUUUUCCUAAAUCCUUGCUGCUUAUUCUUUCCUAAACAUGUUAUAAUACCCUGGUUCUUUUUGUGUGAUAUGAUACAGGCUGUGCUGUAACCAACUCUAGUAUGUGUGCACACACGUGUGAGUGCUGAAUAAGUUUCCUCUGUUUCUUUGGCCCUUGUUUGUUUCAUCCAAUGUGGAUUAAUUCCAGGGAUAAAGAUUUAGUUUGCAGUGCAGGCUCCUAUAAAUCUCUGUCUCUCGGACACCCUACGUAUGAGACUAUCUCGCAUGCUUUAAAAUCAAGACCUGUUACUUUAGCUUGGUCAGGGCCAGUUCCCAGUGGCCAGCUUCAGGUAGAAUUCAGCAAGGUUAUGUAAGCCUCUAAUGUAAAUAGUUUGUACAAUAAAUAAAAUAUUUGAAAUAUG